ACUCCAACCACUCAUAUCCUGUGUCAUGUCACAGGUGUUAUCUUAAGAAAAAUGUCAAUGGAAAAUACAUACAUGCAUUCCAAAACACUAUUCAACACAUAACAUAAGCAUAGAGAAUGCUAGUUCUGCCUAAAGUUUCUUCUCUCUCAUAAAACUGCUUUUAGUGCAAAUAAAAAGGUGAUUCAAUUUCCAUAAACGUAAGUUAAUUUUAGUAGUUUCAUAUGCUGUUAUUACAUGUUAAUGUGUCCAUGACUCUGUAUUUCUGUUGCCCAGGCAAUGCAUUUCUUUUACCCUUUGUCCUUAGUAGACAUGUCAUCGGUCUUUAGGGAAGAGAGAAACUACCACCCAUUUCCCCUUGAUUACUUGUAUUCCAGAAUGUCACUGUUCAUCUGUAUGCUUUUCUUGGUAUUUGGACAACAUACUACAAUCCAUUGUACCCCACAUAUCAGCUCUGAAGGCAAAGUAGCUACGUGCCAUUUGCCCCAACAAAAUGCCACUCUCUAUAAGAUGUCAUCUAUCAAUGCUGACUUUGCAUUCAGUCUGUAUCGGAGAUUUGCUGUGGAGACUCCAGAUCAGAACAUCUUCUUUUCCCCUGUUAGCAUUUCUGCCGCUUUGGCCAUGCUUUCAUUUGGAUCUGGUUCUACCACCCAAACUCAGAUCCUGGAGGUUUUAGGGUUCAACCUCACAGACAUUUCAAUGACAGAAUUACAGCAUGGCUUCCAGCAUUUGAUCUGUUCAUUGAAUUUUCCAAAGGAAGAACUGGAAUUGCAGAUGGGAAAUGCACUCUUCAUUGGGAAGCAACUGAAACCACUCACAAAGUUUCUGGAUGAUGUCAAGACCCUCUAUGAAACGGAAGUCUUUUCUACUGACUUCUCCAAUAUUUCUGCAGCCCAGCAGGAGAUAAACAAUCAUGUGGAGAAGCAAACCAAAGGGAAAAUUGUAGGCUUAAUCCAAGACCUCAAACUGAAUACCGUCAUGGUUUUGGUGAGCUAUACUCAUUUCAAAGCUAAGUGGGCAAAUCCUUUUCAUCUAUUCAAGACAGAAGUUAGUUUUAACUUCUUAGUGGAUAAGACCACCACAGUGCAAGUUUCUAUGAUGCACCAGAUAAAACAAUACUAUCAUCUCGUGGAUAUAGAACUGAACUGCACAGUUCUUCAAAUGGACUACAUUAAGAAUGCUCUGGCACUCUUUGUCCUUCCAAAGGCAGGAAACUUGGAAUGGGUGGAAGCAGCCCUGUCAUCUAAAACACUGAAAAAGUGGAACCGCUUACUGCAGAAAGGAUGGGUUGACUUGUUUAUUCCAAAGUUUUCGAUUUCUGCCACUUAUGACCUUGGAACCACACUUCAGAAGAUGGGUAUGAAGGAUGCCUUUGCUGAAAAUGCUAAUUUUCAUGGACUCACAGAGGACAAUGGUCUGAAACUUUCCUAUGCCUCUCACAAGGCUGUGCUGCACAUUGGUGAAGAAGGAACAAAAGAUGUAGCUCCUCAUGAAAAUGGAUCUCUGGAUCAACCUGAAAUAAGUCCUCCUCACCCUACUAUCAGAUUUGAUAGAACAUUCUUACUGAUGAUUUUGGAGAAGAGCACCAGAAGUAUUCUCUUUCUAGGGAAAGUUGUCAACCCAACAGAAAUGUAGCUAAGAAAAGGGCCACUGGGUAACUAGACAUGCAUAUAACAAAGGGAAAUAAAUACAUAACAUAGCCUGAUGUGAUUGCUGUGACCUUGGACUUCGACUUGCAUCUCUUCUAGUGCAGAGAUGAAAAAUAGACCUUAUCAGCGCUACACUGGCUGUGGAAAAGGGUAAUCCUGACAAAAUAUACAGAUAUAGAUGACUGAUUGUUAUCUAAAACAAAGGAAGAAUCAAUAUUAGCAAAUAACUUUAAUUACAUUCCCAUUAGCUAAUUCUAGAAAAUUUGGCUAGGGUGACAAAUGCCUUGGAAUAUACCCUCUGGAUAAAAGUUGAACUUCUAUAUUAAACUUCACCCACUCAG